GCAUGUACACUAGAAUGUGAAGGAAAACUACCUUCAGCCAAAGCCUGGGAGACCUGCAAGGAGCUCUUGCAACUGACAAAGCUGGAUCUUUCUGAGGAUGGCAACAUUGCUCCAGGAGACAAGAAAGAGCUGGAUGAGAACCAUUUGCUUGCGAAGAAGUAUGGAGGCUUCAUGAAAAGAUAUGGGGGAUUCAUGAAGAAAAUGGAUGAGCUUUAUCGGGCAGAACCAGAGGAUGAAGCUAACGGAGGAGAAAUCAUGGCUAAGAGGUACGGAGGGUUUAUGAAGAAAGACUCGGAUGACGAUGCCCUUGCCAACUCCUCUGAUCUGCUGAAGGAGCUUCUAGGAACAGGGGAUAACCCUGACGCAGCACAUUAUCGAGAGAUAAAUGAGAACGACGGGGAUGUCAGCAAAAGAUAUGGAGGCUUCAUGAGAAGCGUAAAGCGCAGUCCUGAAUUGGAAGAUGAAGCCAAAGAGCUGCAAAAGAGAUAUGGUGGUUUCAUGAGAAGAGUGGGCAGGCCAGAGUGGUGGCUGGAUUACCAGAAACGAUAUGGAGGGUUUCUUAAGCGCUUCGCCGACUCCAUUCUCCCUUCAGAAGAAGAUGGGGAAACUUAUUCCAAAGAAGUCCCAGAAAUGGAAAAGAGAUAUGGUGGAUUUAUGAGAUUUUAAUACCUUUCCCUUUAUCCCUUUUGUCCUAAAUGAGAAAGACUGCCUUAUUGGUCAUAACUUAUUGUAACGUGUUGCUUGUAAUGUACAGUUUUUUACUGUCCUUGGUUAAUGAUGCAACCUGCGAUUUGUUGUUCCAGGUUCUGUGUUCUUUCAAGUCAAAUAACGAAUUUCUGGUUUAGUCAAGUUUCAGUCUGUAUUGUAGUUUCCAUGCUAGAACUAUUUUGACUACUGUAUUCAUUUUCUUUAAAGAGGAAGUACAUCCACAGUAGAGUUGCUUACCUGUAUAUACAAUAAAUUCUUCAUCCUAACUGCAAAAA